ACCAGACAAGUACGAUUGCUGCGUAUAGCCAAACCACAAAGAAACAAUUUGAAUCAAAGUGUAGCUACUUUAAUCUACUGAGUGACACACUCUCUGGCAAGUGUCUAGCUCUUUUGGAUCAUUUGGAACAAGGGUCCAAACAAGGAAGCCUGGAAGAGAGAGGAUGGCAGAGACACUGGAGGAGUUGAGACAACAGUGCCUGAGUAGAGGAGUAGCUGGGAUUAAAGGCCUGGCAAGAACCUUCCGCAUCAUGGAUGAUGAUGGCAGUAAGUCUUUAAACCUGGAUGAGUUUCAGAAAGGUCUGGACACCUAUGGUUUGCAUCUUGGAAAGGAAAAGGCCAAGGAGAUCUUCAUUUUAGUGGACAAAGAUAAAAGCGGUACCAUCGACUUUGAUGAAUUUCUUGAGAAACUAAGGCCCCCUAUGUCCAGUGUCAGAAAGCAGGUGAUCAAACAGGCCUUCCAGAAGCUGGACCGUACCGGUGAUGGAGUGGUAACCAUACAUGACUUACAAGGAGUCUACAACAGCAAACAUCACCCCAAGUACAAGAGCGGCGAGUGGACCGAGGAACAAGUUUUCCGCUCUUUCCUCGACAGCUUCGACUCACCAUAUGAGAAAGAUGGAAAGGUGACUCUGGAUGAGUUUGUGAAUUACUACAGCGGAGUCAGUGCCUCCAUCGACAGCGAUGAUUACUUUGUCACCAUGAUGCAGAACGCAUGGAAGCUGUAAACACCACGGCUCUUAUCUCUUCUGUGGAAAGCUAUAAAUUUUAAACUGUUCACUUGAAAUAGUAAUAGCAAAUGAUGUUUUUGUCUAAAAUAUGUUUCAGUUCCUGGAAAUUGAACAUGCUUAAAAAUUGUAUCUGUACAAUUGAAUUGUAAUUGUUUUCCUCUAC